AUGGUGGAUGACAACAACAAUACCACCACUUCUAGUCGCAGGCCUACGGCAACACAUCACUGGAACAUUGAUUCCAUUCUAGGACUAAAGAGUCCACAGUCAUCCUUCAGCAAAAGUGGGUCGGUGGAUGAGAUGGAUAGAGCCUUCCAGUCGAGUCGCAGUGAAGUUCUCAGCCCUUCAGCAAUGAUCUCCUCGGUAAAGUGUUGCUCACCUCCUGCAGCUGCAGCUGAACACUACAGAGCUACAACUACCAGCAGCAGCAGCAGCAGAAGCAGCUGUACGGUGAAUCCGUUUAUGUUGCCUGGCUGCAGCACUAAUACCACUGAUGGCGUUUUUUCGCCGUUCAGUGCAGCGGCACCCACUUCAAGACGUCAUGAGCGCGCUGAUGAAUUAAGACGGCACCAUCCGUCAUCGUCCUCAUACCUAUUCGACGCCUUCCUCGAGGAGGAGAUUUCGCGGCUGUUGCAGCAGACAAAUGCAAAGUCGCCGCCGUCAUCUGCCGAAGCUUCCACUUCCACCUCCUCUUCUCGCAUAUAUCACCACCACCCGAGGACAGCCACAACAUCAACAACAUCAACAACAUCAGCAACAACCACCACAGCACCACGAGACGAGUACGAAGACAUUGAGGAGCGAAUCGAGGACAAGUUGCGCUCUUUGCACCGAGAGGUGCUUUCGCGGAAGGCGGCUCUCGAACGGCGAAGUCGCCUUGGAGGCGACAAGGACGCCGGUUCAGCAGGUCAAGAGCACCUGAAGUUGCACUUUAAGUUGGAUGCCGCUCGCAAUGGCAGUCUUGAACUGUUCGGCACCGAGGGAGCCAGGCAGUCAGGCAGCAGCAGUCGAACACUGUCGGAGCCAAACUUGAACCAGCAACCGUUCCUGUCGCCGUUCUCGUCGAAUAAAGGUCGACCGCCGAGCAGUCAACGGAAUCAGAUCAAGAGGCAGCUGGAGGACGCCUUCAAGCAGAAUGGCUUCCUCGUGAAG